AUGUUCAGACAGACGGACACCUCGUCCAAGAGACGUCAUGGAGGACAUGGGGGCAGCGGGGAUCGUAUCCGGGGGGUGGAGGUGGCCAGGGGGAGGGCAGGGUAUGGGUUCACCCUCUCUGGCCAGGGCCCCUGUGUCCUCAGCUGCAUUCUAAAAGGAAGUCCGGCGGACUACGUGGGUCUCCGCUCCGGUGACCACAUCCUGUCCGUGAACGACAUAAACGUCUCCAAGGCGUCGCAUGAGGACGUCGUCAAGCUGAUUGGCCGAUGCACGGGGGUUCUGCACCUGGUCGUCGCCGAGGGAGACCGGGGAGGCCGUCGUCACGGACACGGUGGUACCAACCGCAACCGUCGCCACGGAAACAAUUCAGGAAGUCCAGCCGGAGGAGCGGCAGCUGCCGCGGACUCGUGCUCCAGCGACGAGGAGUUGUGUGGUUUCCAUAACAACAGCAGCAGAGGCGGCAACAACAACAACAGCGUGAAGCCGGGUUCUCGCGGUAACAGCGCCAGCGGUGGUGGUGGUGGUGGAGGAGGAGGGGGUGGUGGUUGGUUCAAGCCCAAGCUGGACUCCAAGACCCUGGGUAUUAACAGGGCAGAGAGGGUGGUGGCGGAGAUGCAGUCUGGAGGAAUAUUCAACAUGAUCUUUGAUAACUCUUCACACUCCUCCAGCAGCUCGGAGAAAGGUAUCAAUCUGCCUGUUUUAAUAUAUCACGUUUUUUUAAUAUACUGUUUGACAUCACAUUUUGGGCUGGUUUCCCAGACACAUUUUAACGGAGAUGCUUUUUAGUCCAGGACUAACUCGGCUUAAUCUGUGUCUGGUAAACUGGCCCUUUAUGUACAGUGCAUUCGGAAAGUAUUCAGACCCCUUGACUUUUUCCACAUUUUGUUACGUUACAGCCUUAUUCUAAAAAUGAUUAAAUAGUUUGUUCCCCCUCAUCAAUCUGCACACAAUACCCCAUAAUGACAAAGCAUAGGGUCAUUGUCCCCAGUCUGAGGUCCUGAGUGCUCUGGAGUAGGUUUUCAUCAAGUAUCUCUCUGUACUUUGCUCCGUUCAUCUUUCCCUCGAUCCUGACUAGUCUCACAGUCCCUGCCACUGAAAAACAUCCCCACAGCAUGAUGCUGCCACCACCAUGCUUCACCGUAGGGAUGGUGCCAGGUUUCUUCCAGACGUGACGCUUGGCAUUCAGGCCAAAGAGUUCAAUCUUGGUUUCAUCAGACCAGAGAAUCUUGUUUAUCAUGGUCUGAGAGUCCUUUAGGUGCGUUUUGGCAAAUUCAAAGCGGGCUGUCAUGUGCCUUUUACUGAGGAGUGGCUUCCGUCUGGCCACUCUACCAUAAAGGCCUGAUUGGUGGAGUGCUGCAGAGAUGGUUGUCCUUCUGGAAGGUUCUCCCAUAUCCACAGAUGAACUCUGGAGCUCUGUCAGAGUGACCAUCGGGUUCUUGGUCACCUCCCUGACAAAGGCCCUUCUCCCCCGAUUGCUCAGUUUGGACCGGGCGGCCAGCUCUAGGAAGAGUCUGGGUGAUUCCAAACUUCUUCCAUUUAAGAAUGAUGGAGGCCACUGUGUUCUUGGGGACCUUCAAUGCUGCAGAAAUUUUUUGGUACCCUUCCCCAGAUCUGUGCCUCGACACAAUCCUGUCUCGGAGCUCUACGGACAUUUCCUUCGACCUCAUGGCUUCGUUUUUGCUCUGACAUGCACUGUCAACUGUGGGACCUUAUAUAGACAGGUGUUUGCCUUUCCAAAUCAUGUCCAAUCAAUUGAAUUUACCACAGGUGGACUCCAAUCGAGUUGUAGAAACAUCUCAAGGAUGAUCGAUGGAAACAGGAUGCACCUGAGCUCAAUUUCGAGUCUCAUAGCAAAGGGUCUGAAUACUUAUGUAUGUUUUUAUCUUUAAUACAUCUGCCAAAAUUUCUAAAAAACAGUUUUCGCUUCGUCAUUAUGGGGUAUUGUCUGUAGAUUGAGAGGAUUUCUUUUUCAUUGAAUCCAUUUUAGAAUAAGGCCGUAACGUAACAAAAAUAAGGAAAAAGUCAAGGGGUCUGAAUACUUUCUGAAUACACUGUAUGUAUGUUUCUGUACCACCAUGUUCAAAUAAACUAAACCUAACCCUAAACCUGAACCUAAACCUAAACUUGACCCUAAACCUAAUCCUAAAGACAGGGUCAUCGCUCCUCCUCCUCCUCCUCCUCCCCGUGCCUCCUCUUCCUCCUCUGCGUCGGCCAAGCCUGCGAGGCCCCUGUCAGAACCAGAGUUCCCCCCGUACCAUAACGGCCGGGGCCGGUCCCGCAGCAACCCCAACCUGCUCUCUGAGGAGGAGAUGGCCAGGGUUCUAAUGACCGAUGACUCCGUGUUCCUAGAUGGGUUCCAUCUGCAGGAGGCAGAGGUCCAGGUGAAUACUGAGGAUGUGUCCCAGAUGGCACUAUUCACUUUUGACCAGAGUCCUACUACCCCUCCUGAUUCAAAUGCGGAAGACACAUUUCAGUUGAAUGCAUUCAGUUUUACAACUGACUAGGUAUCCCCCUUUCCUUUGAUACCCACACAGCUACAUUAUCAGCUAGGUUUGAUACCCACACAACUAUCAUUAUCAGCUAGGUUUGGAAACCCCCACAAGCUACAUUGGUCAGCUAGGUUUAAUACCCACACAACGACAUUAUCAGCUAGGUUUUGAUAACCCACACAACUACAUUAUCAGCUAGGUUUUGAUACCCACACAGCUACAUUAGUCAGCUAGGUUUAUACCCACACACUACAUUAUCAGCUAGGUUUGAUACCCCACACAACUACAUUUCAGCUAGGUUGAUACACCACAAACUACAUUUCAGCUAGGUUUGAUACCCACACAACACAUUUCAGCUAGGUUUGAUACCCACACAACUACAUUAUCAGCUAGGUUUAUACCCACACAACUACAUUAUCAGCUAGGUUUGAUACCCACACAACUACAUUAUCAGCUAGGUUUGAUACCCACACAACUACAUUAUCAGCUAGGUUUGAUACCCACACAACUACAUUAUCAGCUAGGUUUGAUACCCACACAACUACAUUGUCAGCUAGGUUUGAUACCCACACAACUACAUUAUCAGCUAGGUUUGAUACCCACACAACUACAUUAUCAGCUAGGUUUGAUACCCACACAACUACAUUAUCAGCUAGGUUUGAUACCCACACAACUACAUUAUCAGCUAGGUUUGAUACCCACACAACUACAUUAUCAGCUAGGUUUGAUACCCACACAACUACAUUUCAGCUAGGUUUGAUACCCACACAACUACAUUAUCAGCUAGGUUUGAUACCCAUACCACAACUAAACAUUAUCAGCUAGGUUGAUACCCACACACCAAACUACAGUGAUACAGCUCGGUUUGAUACCCCCACACACAAUCCCAAACUAUCAGCUAGGUUUGAUACCCACACAACUACAUUAUCAGCUAGGUUUGAUACCCACAACACUACAUUAUCAUAGUCAGCUAGGUUUGAUACCCACACAACUACAUUAUCAGUAGGUUUGAUACCACACAACUACAUUUCAGCUAGUUUUGAUACCCACACAACACAUUAUCAGCUAGGUUUGAUACCCACACAACUACAUUAUCAGCUAGGUUGAUACCCACAACACACAGCAGCACCCACACAAUACAUUAUCAGCUAGGUUUGAUACCAACACACACUAGAUACAUUAUCAGCUAGGUUUGAUACCCACACAACUACAUUGUACCCACACUACAUUAUCACUAGGUUUGAUACCCACACAACUACAUUAUCAGCUAGGUUUUAAUUACCACACAACUACCUUCUCAGCUAGGUUUUGAUACCCACACAAAUACAUUAUCAGCUAGGUUUGAUACCCACACAACUACAUUAUCAGCUAGGUUUAAUACCCACACAACUACAUUAUCAGCUAGGUUUGAUACCCACACAACUACAUUAUCAGCUAGGUUUUACAUCAGUGAAUGUUGGAGUAAUGUUUUUACGGCCUCCCUCUUUCCAGGUGGAGGUGGAAGGGGAGGACUUCUGCCUGGAGCCCAGCGAGGGUAUCCUGAACGUGGGUAUGAUGGUAGGGUACCUGGGCUCCAUAGAGCUGGCCUCUACAGGGGCUAGUCUGGAGAGCGACAGUCUGCAGGCCAUCAGAGGAAGCAUGAGACGACUCAGGGCAGAACAGAAGAUACACUCCCUGGUCCUCAUGAAGGUACGGGUUGCUUUGGAUUGGUUGAACGUUUGGUUGGUUGGUUGGUUAGUUGGUAGGUUGGUUUAUUGAUUGAAUGGUUGAUUGGUGGGUUGGUUUAUUGAUUGAAUGGUUAGUUGGUUAGUUGAUUGGUAGGUUGGUUUAUUGAUUGAAUGGUUGGUUGGUUGGUUAGUUGAUUGGUGGGUUGGUUUAUUGAUUGAAUGGAUGGUUAGUUUAGAUUGGUUUAUUGAUUGAAUGGUUGGUUGGUUGGUUUAUUGAUUUAAUGGUUGGUUGAUUGGUUGGUUGGUUGGUUGGUUGGUUGAUUGAAUGGUUGGUUGGUUGAUUGAAUGGUUGGUUGGUUGAAUGGUUGGUUGGGUGGGUGGUUGGUUGAUUGAAAUGUUUAGAUGCCAUAUCUCUAAAUGGUACUUUGACCCUGUGCUCUAACCUGUGGGUGGGUCUCGGGGUCGUUGUUACAAAAACAAACAAUCUCUGUUUCCUCUGGAAAGAAGGACUAUAAAGCCUUCUUCUUGGAAUAGAGGACUGUGUGUUUCUAAAAUAGAAGGGAUUGUAACUCUAUAUGUUGUUCUUCCCAGGUGAUGCACGAUUGUGUGCGGCUGUGCAGUGACAGGAGACAGGUCCUUGCUACCUACCCUGCCGAGAAGCUAGCCUUCAGCGCCUGUUGCCCCGACGACCGACGCUUCUUCGGACUGGUCACCAUGCAGGCCUCCCAUGACGACGACGGUCACUAUGGCAAUGGUAACCGGGAGGAAGAGGGCGGGCUGAGGACUUCCUGUCACGUGUUCAUAGUCGACCCCGAACUCUGUCAUCACCAGGUAGGGUUGGACAAAAGGUCAAAGAAAAAAUACCCACAAACCUUUUCAAAGCUCUCAAGCUAAUAAUAACAUCCGUAUUAAACUGCCAUAUUUUAACAUUUACAAACAUACAAUUUACGAAACUUUAGAAGUUAUUUUGAAUAUUUGUGGGGGGUCCUAGAGUCCUGGGCCCGGUUUCCCAAAAGCAUCUUAAGGCUAAUUUCAUCGUUAGAACCUUCGUAAGAGCAUCGUUAAAUCUCCGAGCUGUUUCCCAAACCCAACGUUGCACUUGAAAACACUCGUAAUCUAACGCCUGCCUCAGACCACUCGUGGAACAGCUAAGUGCGUAGUUAAGAUGCUUUUUUGCCCUCCCACGUUACUUUAUACACAGAAAAUCUCCACUAAACAUAGAAUCACAUGGUUUAUCCGUCUCUCUGUGACCGCCGAUAACUUCAGAACAAAAGUUGACAAAAAAUACAAAGUUGCCAAUGUCUUUGCAAUUGACACCAAACAAGCGACGUAUAAAAAUAUGCUUCAAAUGAAAACCGAGAUGACUGCAUUAAAAUAUAAAUACAUUAGGCUAUAGGCCUAUUUCAGUCACAUUGAAAUACAUUUGAUGUUCAAUCAGUUGAGUUCUAUUUUGCUACUUGUAGGCUACUGUCUGUCAUUUGUCUCAAUAUAUUGGAUGAUCUGUAGCCUAACAUGUAGGCAAUGAAGUGCCAAAUCGGUGAUUUAGUGCGUUUUUAUUGGGUAAGCAUUAGACUAAGACACCCAGGGCCUCCCGAGUGGCGCAGCGGUCUGAGGCGCUGCAGCCCAGUGCUUGAGGCGUCACUACAGACCCGGGUUCGAUCCCAGGCUGUGUUGCAGCCGGCCGCGACAAGGGAGACCCAUGAGGCGGCGCACAAUUGGCCCAGCGUCGUACCGGGUUAGGGGAGGGUUUGGCCGGCCGGGAUGUCCUUGUCCCAUCGCGCUCUAGCGACUCCUUGUGGCGGGUCGGGCGCCUGCAAGCUGACUUCGGUCGCCAGUUGUACGGUGUUUCCUCCGACACAUUGGUGCGGCUGGCUUCCGGGUUAAGCGAGCACAGUGUGUGAAGAAGCAGUGACGCCUUGGCAGGGUCCUGUUUCGGAGGACGCCUGGCUCUCGACCUUCACCUCUCCCGAGUCCGUACGGGAGUUGCAGCGAUGAGACAAGACUGUAACUACAUUUACAUUUUAGUCAUUUAGCAGACGCUCUUAUCCAGAACGACUUACAGUUAGUGAGUGCAUACAUUUUACCAAUUGGAUAACACGAAAUUGGGGAGGAAAAAGGGGUCCAAAAAGAAAUACGAAUAAGACGCCUGAAUAUCUGCAGCCGUAAGUGGUAAUAUCGCUCAAGGAGCUGAUCCGUCGUCAGUAUUGCGAAAUAGUUCUAAUGUUAAAGGUAAGAUUUGAAUUGAGAAAGCUGAUCUGAGAGAAGUGCUGCCUUUCUUUCGAUCGUGUUAGUAUCAUGCUCCCAACGAUGCGCUUAGCGACUGUUCUCUCUGCGUGGUGUUUUGGGAAACGCGUGUUACGUCUUUGUCCGUUGUAUGAAAGAUGCAUGGUUAAAACACUGGUGAGCCUAAGUUCCAUCGCUAGGGGGAAACCGGCCCUGGAGUGUUACCAGUACAUCAAGAGGACUUACUGGCCCUGGAAUGUUACCAGUACAUAAAGAGGCCUUACUGGCCCUGGAAUGUUACCAGUACAUAAAGAGGACUUACUGGCCCUGGAAUGUUACCAGUACAUAAAGAGGACUUACUGGCCCUGGAAUGUUACCAGUACAUAAAGAGGACUUACCGGCCCUGGAAUGUUACCAGUACAUAAAGAGGGCUUACUGGCCCUGGAAUGUUACCAGUACAUAAAGAGGACUUACCGGCCCUGGAAUGUUACCAGUACAUAAAGAGGACUUACUGGCCCUGGAAUGUUACCAGUACAUAAAGAGGACUUACCGGCCCUGGAAUGUUACCAGUACAUAAAGAGGACUUACUGGCCCUGGAAUGUUUACCAGUACAUAAAGAGGACUUACCGGCCCUGGAAUGUUACCAGUACAUAAAGAGGACUUACUGGCCCUGGAAUGUUACCAGUACAUAAAGAGGACUUACUGGCCCUGGAAUGUUACCAGUACAUAUAGAGGACUUACUGGUUUAAAUUCUUUAACAACUAAAAGGGGGGAGGCUAAAUGGGAUUUAGGAGGUUUUUCUGUUGAUAGCGAUGCAGACUGUAAACUGAAUAUUUAUGGCAACUGUAAUUCACUACUAUAGAUAAAACCUACCAUAAAUACACUAAACGACCAUAUUUUCAGAGGGGUUGGAAUAAGCAAAACAUACAUUUAUCCUUCUCCUUCUUCUUCUCCUCCUUCUUCUUCUCCUUCUCCUUCUUCUCUCCUCCUCCUUCUCCUUCUCCUUCUCCUUCUCCUCCUCCUUCUCCUUCUCCUUCUCCUUCUCCUUCUCCUCCUCCUCCUCCUCCUCCUCCUCCUCCUCCAGGUCCAUGUGGGUGUGGCCAGGAGGUUUGGGUUUGAGU